UUCAUUUCUGUAGGGGCUGUUAUUAAGAAGUACCCUGUGCAGUCUGCACAAACAAUUCCAUCGUUCUUGUGCAGGGGAUUGAGACUGGUCUUUUAACACCGUUUUCACGUCAUGACUCUUUGAUCACAAUAAUUCACAGCACAUUUUAAGUAAAACACGCGGACAUGGAAUACAGUCAGGCUUUUACUUAUUCCAAGGGCUUAAAUGGUGAACAUAGAGGUUCUCACAACAGUGCCUACAUGAACACAUUGCAUACGCCGGUGCGGAAGAUGACUGGAGCCAAAUAUAACGUUUUGGGACAUUAUGCAGUGGAAUGCGAAUUAGAGACACCAAAGGAAAAUCUCGACCUCAGUUGCUUGUCUGCUCUCUCUUUCAACACGCCAAAUAUCAGGUCAAGGGAUCUCUCCAGAUGUCCAGAGAGAGAUGCUUCCAAGGAGCAUGCACUUAAAACCAGCUGGUGUGAGACUCCCAAGGUCUCCAAGAAAGAUGCAUCACUACGAAGGCGCUUGCUUGAGUUCAAAUCGGCAACAGAUUGUAAAAUGGUCAGCUCAAAGGCCUCAGGAAGCCAUUGCCUUGGUUUGUCAGUCCGGUCCAGAAAGGAAGGGCCGCUUAAAGGCUGUUUGGAAUUUGACUCUCCUGAAACAGGCAUGGUAGAGCCUUUUGCAACAAGCACUUUGAAAGUUGAGACUGUUACUUUGUGUGGUAGAAGCUGGCGUUCCAUGUUCUCUCAUGUGAGAACCUCCACUCUAGAAGAUAGAGAGUUCAUCAUCCCCAACUCUCCUUUUCAGAGAAAGCCCUCCAACAUCGUCCCCGAUGCUGAUCUUGACGAAAGUAUCAUUUCUGGUCUACUCGAGACUGAUGACCCCCAGACACCUCAGUUUGGCAAAUUGAUGCCAGCAGCCAAAGACAAUUUCAAAACUCCCAUCAACAAAUUGGCAACAAAUUUCUCUGAAAAUCUGAGCAUCUUGGGCACCCCAUCACUCUCCCCCUUCUCCCAGCUUGAAAGCUCUGCUUGUGCUGAUAGCGGUUUCAGCUCCCUGGGCCUGGACAAGUCCCAGAACUCUUCUCUGGACUAUGAUUCUUUCCAGGAGCUGGUUCCAUCAGUCACCCCCAAGGACAAGGAGGCCCUGCGGCUGGCUGAGGUGAAACGGUGCUCCCGGCUCGAGCGCCAACGUCGGCUGUCCACGCUCAAAGAAGGGGGCUCUCAGUCCGAGGAUGACGUUUACGCGACCAGCUGCACAGAACUACCCCCGCCGAAUGGACCUCAACCCCAAUUCCUGUCCAGUGAAGAAGGCGUCUUCCUGGACAGGACGCCACUUAGCACCAGGUCGAGGCUGGAGGACCUGUCCCUGACGCCCGCACUGCAGGUGGUGCACGCAAUGAGCCAGCGCAGCGCCAGGAUGUUGCCUGAGCAGACCAGCCUUGACGAACUUCUGCGUUCUGCAGAGAAGGAUGCCCAAGUGGUGCCCAAAAUGCCACUGGCAGGGCUCAUUGGCAGGAAGAUGGGCCUGGGCAAGAUGGAUGUCAUGGCUGAACUCAAGCACAGAAACCUCAGGCACAUCCUGGCAGUGAUACUGAACCAGCUGUCAGCUGAGGAUAUUCACAAUUUUGGCCAGGUGUCUGAUGACUGGGAUGAGAUCAUUACACAAGAUAAGAAGGCCCGUCACAGGAGAAAAUCUCAUGUGAAAGAAUUGAAGAAGAACCAUGAGAUGGGCGGUGCUGUUCAUGUCCCAGAUGCAGAGACGCGGUUGAACCUGGGGUGUAGGUCAGCGCUAAGGUCGGUCCAGGCCCAGUCCAAGACUCCAUGCACCACUCCAUCGGGGAGGACAUCUGUGACUCCGGUCCAGCAGAACCCAAAGUUUUCAAGUAAACGGGAGGAGUUUCUUCAGGUGGCGAAGACACUCUUCCGCGACGAGUGGCUGAAGCCCUGUCCGCACUGCCAGCACCCUGCGAAGUGCCACUCAGUAAAGAGGGAGGGCGUGUGCUGCAGGGCAGACUGCGGCUUCACCUUUUGCACAGCGUGCCUCUGCGCCUACCACGGCUCCAGAGAAUGCGCCCACCUCUCUGCCAAACGCCGCAGCAAAAGAGACAUGCUUCCUGGUAGCGCUCAGAGCAAACGCAACAUCAAGCGACUGUGACGGGUGUCAAAUUGAUGAAGAUUUAUUUUCCUAUUGUUUUACGUGUUUUUACAUUAUGGACUUUAUGGACAUUAAGAAUAUUUUGCCACUAUUUUUUCUGAUGACGCUAAUGAACUUGGCAGCUAUUUUGCACAAUUGAAUGUUGGUGGUACCGUGGAGAGUUUUUAUAUGUGUAUUUGUGUAUGUAUAUAUUGACUUCAUGCCUAAAC